AUGGAAUGGUUGCAAAUGGUAACACCUGAGGAGAUAGCAUAUGUAGGUAAAAGGGUAAACACACUGGAAGAGUUAGAGGCUGCUGUGUGGAAGUACGCAGAGAGUAGAAUAAAGAGGAGACAUAUAUAUGAUCCAGUAUGCAGUGAAUGCGGGAGUAAGUCUAUUGUAAUGAUAGAUGGGGCAGAUACAUGCACACAGUGUGGUACUAGUAAUAUGAAUAACUUCUCAUACUACGUUAGUUACAACUACAACAAGGACGACUAUCUGAAAAAGAAAUCUCAUCACAACAGAGUCCGUUGGUUUGAGAGACACUUGUUCGAACAUGUUGCUUCUAGGGAUAGGGACAUUAUAAGGGAGCAGUUUAGAAGUAUAGUAAGAUGUAUACAAAGACUUAGACUGCAAAGGGGGCGCAAUAUAGUUAGAUACAAGUUUUACCUACUGAGGAUAGCCAGCAUGAAUGGUAUUUCCCUGAAGAACCCUCCCGAGGAUAUUAAGACUCAAAGGAUUGUGGACAUCCUUGAGGAUAGGUUGUAUGGUAAAGUUUUUGUUGAGCUUGGAUGGAAACCUGAGAAUUGUAAAUAUUAUAAUAACUGGAAAAUUAAAAAACACUUAAAGAAAUAUUAA